AUGAGCACCACGGUCGCUGCCAUUGCCACGGGCGUGGAAGCCGCGGCCGAUCUCCCUCCCAACUCCGACGAUGAACUGGUGAAGAUGAAGGAGUAUGUGUCCAGGGCCAUCCUCUUACUUCAGAUGGAACUGAACCAUGAGCAGAAGUUUCUUGGCCACGACACAUCCGACGUCGCCGCCGAUGAUGAGGCGGCCGAACCCGAAGUCCACAAAAUCUGCGCGAUAAGGAUCUCCAACGCCGUCGACGUCACAGCCGUGGAGGCCGUCCUGGGGUACACCUUCAAGAACAAGGCCCUGCUCAAGGAGGCGCUGACGCAUACGUCGUUCCGCGCGACACACCAGCUGGUGGAUGCCGAGUUCACGUUCAAGGAUCUCGAGUUCCUGGGUGACAAGGCCAUCAGCAACGCCGUGACGCGCCACCACCUGCUGCGCAACCGAUCCAAGUCCAGCUCGCUCACCCGCCUCCACAGCCUCAACGUCGACAACGAGAAGCUCGCGCGCGCAGCCCUCGCGCACCGCCUCCAUCGAUUUCUCCGCCACGAGGUGCCGUCGUUCCAACGGGACGUGGACGAUUUCGCGGAGGAGAUUGCCGGGUAUCCGCUCCACUCCAACGGGCAAGUCUGCACGCCUAAGCUCCUCUCUGACAUCGUUGAGUCUCUCAUAGGCGCCGUCUCCAUCGACUGCAACGACGACCUAGAACAAGUUUGGCAGGUAUUUCAGAGGCUGGCUGAUCCGCUGAUCAGCCCCGAGACUAUGGCUGCGAUAGGGGAGCAACCAAUGACUGAGUUCAACGAGCUGAACCAUCGUAUGAGGGUCAAAGCGAAGAUCAUCACGAAACAGUCAGCCAAGAGCUGGACCGUGAAGGUUUAUCUUGCCGGAGAGACAAUUGGGAGCGCAACCUACGGCAGGAGCAAGGAUGUCGCAAUGAAUCGGGCAGUCAAGUCCUCGCUGGACACGAUCAAGGACAAGAUCGCGGGUCAACACCCAAGUGCAAAGUUGCCAACCCAAGUUUGGAGGAAGAAAUGA